AUGCCCGAUGCAGACAGAAGAGAUGUGCAGGGGAAGGGAUUUUUGAACCACAUGGCUGACCAGGAGCAAAGUCCCCUAGCUGGGAGAAGCAACCACGAUGGAAAACUGUCUCAGCCUGAGAAGAAGCUGCGAGAGGCAAUUUGUGUGCUGCUGGUGGAGCUGUGUGAGAGGUUCACGUUCUUUGGCAUCGUGUGCAACAUGAUCCACUUCUGCACCGUCAAACUCGGCUACCGCAACUACCAGGCAGCCAUGGCCAACAUGUGCUUCGUGGGCACCUCCAUGCUCACACCGGUGCUGGUGGGCUGGAUUGCAGAGUGCCUGGUGGGCAGGAUCAAGCUUGUGUGCAUCUGCAUGUUUCUACACUUCCUAGGCACAGCUCUAUUACCUGUCGUGUCAUUCCCCUUUGAAGACAUUUACAUCGACAGGCGGCAUGUUCUUCAUACACUCCCCAAAAGGGAGCAGAAAAUAGUGUUCUACUUUGCACUACUCACAGCUAGCCUGGGAAUAGGAGGCAUAAGAGCUAUAGUUUGCCCACUAAGUGCAUACAACCUUGAGGACUGUGGACCAAAGGAACUUCUUUCAUUUUUCAACUGGUUUUAUUGGCUGGUGAACUUAAAUUCAGCAGUUGUCUUUGUCAGCAUUUCUUACAUCCAGCAGUCUGUGGCCAGGAACCUUGGUUUUCUUAUCCCAUUUGUGUCUGGGAUUAUGGCUAUCGUCACGAUUCACAUGAUGAGGGGUGAAAUGAUUUACAAACCCAAAGCAGAGAGUUCCCUGCUGACGACUUUUGGGGUGAUUGGCAGUGCCCUGAAAACGCGCUGCGUGCGGCAUCGCUACCUCAGCGCAGGCGUGACAAACUGGCUGGAUCAUGCCAAGGAAAACCAUGGUGGCCAGUACAGUGAGAUUCAGGUGGAAAGCACCAAGUCCCUCGCCAGACUCUUCCCACUGUUUACUUUCCAGAUUCUGUACAGAACGUGCGUUAUGCAGAUUCCUUCAGGAUAUUAUCUCCAAACCAUGAAUUCCAACUUGCACUUCAGCGGAUUUGUCUUCCCAAUUGCAGCAAUGAAUGUGAUAAGCAUUGUGCCCCUACUGAUUCUUGUUCCUGUGUUGGAAUGCAUUAACUCCUCGUGUCUCUUUAGUUCCAAGGACACUGGACAUUCUCCAACAGUUUACAUUGUUGUAGGUCACUUAUCCGCUGCACUCUCCGUGAUGGUCGCUGGCUUCUCUGAAAUACACCGAAAGCAUUUCCCUCAGGUGGAGCAGACGCUUUCUGAGGAGGUUCUCCUGGUCUCCUCCAUGCCUUGCUUCCACUUAGCUCCUCAAUACAUCCUCCUUGGAGUGGCUGAAGCCUUGGUAACUCCCUCCUGCAACUGGUUUCCACACUUGCUGCAUGAAGGUAAAUUGGAGAGAUUCUUCUUCUUCUUGGCUUCCUUAAUGAUGGUGAACACCCUGGGGUUCUGGACCAUUGCACACAGAUACAACAAACUGCACGAGGAUUACACCAGUGAAUUCAGAGGAAGUCUUUCUGGAGAAAAACUUUUGAAGCAUGGAAAAGCCAUCAAGCAUUAUGAUACUGUCCUGGAAAGAUCUCCCAUUUUGUCUUCUAUGAAAAAAAUCUGAUAAAAUUUCACCCUUGUUUGACUAAAUUUUGAUUGUGUUAUCCACCAACUUUCUGAUGAUAAAUUACCUAGCAUACUUAAGCGGAACCACCAAUGUAUUUGUGAAUUAUCUGAUGAAUAACAAUGUUAUUUAUAAGUUUACAAAAUAGCAUUUGUCACGAGAUUUUGCCUUGUAGGAGGCUUAACUGUCAUAAUUCACACUGAGGAGAAGGAGAGCUCGCUGCUUGGCAUGGUUAAUGGGGAGAGGCUUUUAAUGUCUAUAUGGAGAUAGGUAUCCACAUAUAUUUGUACUUAGGAAUGGUUCGAAA